GGUUCGGGUUUCUUGUUCGUUUCAGUGUACCCUCACUCCGCUGGUGAAGAAUGGGGGAGACCGAAGGGACGUACAGGGCCCUGCAGACCCCAGGGACGCGCUUGGGUGCCCAGACCCCCGCGGGCGUCAGCACCCUCGAGCCCGGGCAGACCCCCACGUCGGCGGCGUCGGUGCGGACCCCGGCCAGGAUGCACAUCCGGGUGCAGCUGCUGGACGACACCGUGGAAGUGUUUGACGUCGAGCCCAGGUGCGGCGGGCAGGCGCUGCUGACGCACGUGUGGAGACGCCUGAGCCUGAUCGAGUGUGACUACUUCGGGCUGGAGUUUCAGAGCGCGCAGGCCCACUGGAUUUGGCUGGAACCCAUGAAACCCAUCGUUAGGCAGAUACGAAGGCCAAAGAAUACAGUGCUUCGCCUGGCAGUGAAAUUUUUCCCACCUGAUCCGGGUCAGUUGCAAGAAGAAUACACACGAUACUUGUUUGCCCUGCAGCUGAAGAGAGACCUGCUGGAGGAGCGUCUGACCUGCACGGACAGCACGGCCGCCCUGCUCACGUCCCACCUCCUGCAGUCGGAGAUCGGAGACUAUGACGAAGAGCUGGACCGGGCACACCUGAGAGCCCACGAGUACCUGCCGGGGCAGGAGCGCGCCCUGGAGAAGAUCCUGGCGCUGCACCGCGAGCACGCGGGCCAGACACCUGCUGAGUCGGAUUUCCAGGUGCUUGAAAUUGCCCGAAAGUUGGAAAUGUACGGCAUCAGGUUUCACACGGCCUCUGACCGGGAGGGGGCCCAGAUUAAGCUGGCUGUCUCCCACACGGGCGUCCUCGUCUUCCAGAGCACCACCAAAAUUAACACUUUCAACUGGUCCAGGCUCCGAAAGCUGAGCUUCAAGAGGAAGAGGUUUCUGAUCAAGCUCCACCCAGAGGCCCACGGCCCUUACCAGGACACGCUGGAGUUCCUGCUGGGGAGCAGAGACGAGUGUAAGAACUUCUGGAAGAUCUGUGUGGAGCACCACACCUUUUUCAGGCUUUCUGAUCAGCCAAAGCCAAAGGCCAGAGCAGUCCUCUUCAGCAGAGGGUCCUCCUUCAGAUACAGUGGAAGAACUCAGAAACAGCUUGUGGAUUACGUGAGAGUCGGGGGGGUGAAGAGGACUCCGUAUGAAAGGAGACACAGCAAGACUCGGGUGUCGCUCCACACGCUGACUGCGGACUUGCCAAGGCAGAGCAUCUCUUUCCCUGAGGGCAUGAGGACUCCUGCAUCCCCGUCGGCGACAAAUGCCUCCUUCUGUUCAGUCCCCGCCUCCCCGCCAGCCCCUCCGGGCCCACUCCAUUGCCAGGACAGAAGCGGCUCCCUGCCGCCGCCCCCGGCUCCUGACACCAAGCGGCCAGCAGCAGAGAGGAGCGGCAGCCCCGACACGAGCCAGGCCCAGCCCCCCCGGCCCCCUGCACUCCAGCCUUGUCAAGGCCUUUCUGUGGAGAGUCCUCUGCCUUCUCCUUCCGCCCAGAGGAGCCCACCGAGCCUGAGCCCCGCAUCCCAGGUGCCUCUGGGCCCAGCUGAGCAGGGCCUGAGCCCCGUCCUCAGCGACGCUGGCGGAGCUGGGAUGGACGACCAGGAGGAGCCGAGACACAAGUGCCCGCCCGAGGACGAGGCCUAUUUCAUAGCCAAGGAGAUCCUCACCACGGAGCAAACAUACCUGAAGGAUCUAGAAGUUAUUGCUGUGUGGUUCCGGAGCACGCUGGUCCAGGAGGACGCCAUGCCGGCUGAGCUCAUGCACCUGCUGUUCUCCAGUGUGGACCCCAUCUACGACUUCCACAAGGGCUUCCUGCACGAGGUGGAGCAGAGGCUGGCACUCUGGGAAGCAUCAGCCAGCGCUCCGGCCGCCCGCGGCCGCUGCCGCAUCGGGGACAUCCUGCUCAGGAACAUGCUGCAGCUAAAGGUGUGCUGGGUGUCGCCUCCAGUCCGGGCCCCUCGGACACCCUGUCAGGGUGGCUCCACCCUCAGGGCACCUUUCCCGCAGGAAGGCGUCCCGACAGGACCUGACCGGCCCGCGGGUCCCCAGAGCAGGGUUCCUCGGCGUUCUUCCGCCGGGACACGUUCCCCUCGGGACGGCUGCUGGCUGCUCAAGUUUCAGGGGGCCCGCAGGGGUUCCCACGGUUGUGCACGGCAGUCCUGUGAGGAGCUGGAGUGGGUCGUUCCUGGAAUUAAAACCCGUCCCACAGUGGAAGGUGGAGGGCUUUGUCCCCCUGGGGCCGGUGCUGAGGGGCCUCUCUGCGCAGACGCCCUCCGGGCCGUCACGGAGGUGACCUCCGAGCUCCAGCACAGCCUGGUCCGCCUGGAAAACCUCCAGAAGCUGACAGAGCUGCAGCGGGACUUGGUCGGCAUCGAGAACCUCGUUGCUCCCGACAGGGAGUUUCUCCGUGAGGGCUGCCUCCACACGCUCACCAAGCAAGGCCUGCAGCCAAGAAUGUUCUUUCUGUUCUCAGACAUGCUGCUGUACACGAGCAGAGGGGCCUCGGGGACCAGCCGCUUCCGGAUGCGGGGCCUCCUCCCGCUGCGCGGCAUGCUGGUGGAAGAGCGCCAGAACGAGUGGCCUGCCCCGCACUGCUUCACCAUCUACGCAGCUCAGAAAACAGUCGUGGUGGCAGCCAGCACCCAGCUGGAGAAGGAGAAGUGGAUGCAGGACCUGAAGGCCGCCAUCGACGCAGCCAAGCGCAGCAGUGGCACACCCCUGGGGCUGCCGGGCAGCAUGGUCAAAGGCUGUCUUCUCCCCGAGGGUCCCCCCGACGAGGCCUCUUUGGAGCAGGAGUCAGAAGAAGAUGCUCGUGGUGCUGGGGGCCCCUUGGAGGGGCAGGGCCGGCACCGGGCCAACACCACGGUGCACGUGUGCUGGCACCGCAGCACCAGCGUCUCCAGGGCCGACCGCAGUGCGGCCGUUGAGAACCAGCUUUCAGGAUAUCUGCUAAGAAAGUUCAAAAACAGUAGUGGCUGGCAAAAGCUCUGGGUGGUCCUCACCAACUUCUGCCUGUUCUUCUACAAGACACAUCAGGACGACUACCCCCUGGCCAGCCUGCCGCUGCUGGGCUACCAGGUGAGCACCCCCGGGGAGGCUGACGGCAUCCACAAGGAGCAUGUCUUCAAGCUCCAGUUCAAGUCCCACAUCUACUUCUUCCGGGCGGAGAGCAAAUACAUGUUCAGGAGGUGGAUGGAGGUUAUCGAGAAGGCCAGCAGCUGCCCUGGGAGGGCCGGGCCCCCCGAGGAGGAGGCGUGAGGCCCACCCGGCCUGGACAAGGACAGCGCCGAGGAAGCAGAGCGGGCCCAGUGGUGGGCGGGGCUGCAGGGCACCCAGAGGAACGUGUGUGCUGGAGGAGACGCGGCCCAGCCCAGGCACUGAUGGGGCCAGAGCUCGCCUGCCCGCUCUAGGCCUGGAAUGGGAACCUCCAGCUGGAGCUGUGCCGUGCCCGGUGCCUUCAGGUGGGGCGAACUGGGGGGUGCAGGGCCCCUGCUCUGGCACCCACCCCACAUACCUCUGCAAAGUGGAAAGCAGAGUCCCUGUAACUGUCAGUCUUGAGCUGUGCUGUGCUGACCACGUGUGAAUAAAAAGGGCACCUCCCUUGUGCUGCUCCCUACUCCAGUGGGCCAGGUGUGAGCACUGUGAUGAGGAUGCAGAUGCCUAGAACAGGCCUCUGGGGGCCAGACUGGGAGGGCCACCCAGCAC